CUCUCUCUCUGGCUGACUUUUUCUCUCUCUUCAAAUUUUUUCCUUCUGUUGUCUUUUUCUCUGUCUCUGCUGCAAGCCUCGACUUAGCUGGCGAUCUCAAGCUCAAUUCCGAUUAUCUCUCCUGCAUAGAAUAGAGGAGUUGAUGAAUUGUUAGCAGAGAUUUGGGGAAAAAUAUAGAGAAUGGGGUGCUGCGGGUGCAAGGGGUUCUUUGAGUGCCUGUUGAAGCUCUUGAACUUUUUAUUGACUCUGGUGGGCCUAGCUAUGGUGGGUUAUGGUAUAUACCUUUUUGUUGAGUACAAGAAGGCAUCGUCACCUGGUGAUGAUUCCAAUAUCCCUGCACCAUCCAGUGAGGAGUUGAUACAGCUCGGUCGCCCUAUGCUCAUGGCAGUGUCUCUUGCUGCCAACAUUUUUGAUAAACUUCCAAAAGCUUGGUUCAUAUAUUUAUUUAUUGGAGUGGGGGUAGUUCUGUUUGUCAUAUCCUGUUUUGGUUGUAUUGGAGCAGCGACACGAAAUGGAUGCUGCUUGAGUUGUUAUGCCGUGUUGGUGAUCUUGUUGAUCCUGAUUGAGUUGGGAGUUGCUGCUUUUAUUUUCUUUGACAAAAGCUGGAAAGAGGAAAUUCCAACUGACAGAACUGGAACGUUCGGUAUGAUUUACGACUUUCUGGAAGAUCACUGGAAGAUUGUCAAAUGGGUUGCUCUUGGGGCUGUUGUUUUGGAGGCUCUUGUAUUCUUGUUAGCUCUUGUGGUACGGGCUGCAAACAGACCUGCAAACUAUGACAGCGAUGAUGAAUAUAUAGGUGGUCCUAGGCAACAAAUCCGGCAGCCACUUAUCAAUAGACCACAACCUGUUCCUGCUACCGGUGUCCCUGUUGCUGGUACCCUUGAUUCACGCCCGAGUAGGAAUGAUGCUUGGAGUACCCGCAUGAGAGAGAAGUAUGGGCUUGAUACUUCAGAGUUCACAUACAAUCCAUCAGACUCAAACAGGUAUCCACAGGGUACUGCACAGCCUACAGAAGAGAGGAGUCGUUGCACCAUAAUGUGAUCAAUGUGGGAUUUUCACAGAUUUGUAAUUGUCUUCUUUUUGGAAACUGUUUUUUUUGUAGAUUGUGUGAGAACUGUCCAACUUUCAGAGUCUUUUUCUUUCUUUUUCCCCCUUGUACAACCAACAUGAUUUGCAGAGAGCUUCACCUGUUUUCUCUCUGGUGUCCAGUUUGAUAUCUGAAGGAUGACAACUGUAGUCUAUGUUAUCUCUAGCCUUUUUAUUUUUGUAUGAUGUUGUUGGAAGGCUUAAUACUGGAAGGUUGUGGGAUCUAAAGUAACUAAACAUGUAAAAGGCCGAUAAAUGUCGGAUAUCAUGUAAAGUGGUUUAAAGCUACUGCUUAAGAGGUAGCUGCACAGCUUAGCGAAGAGGAGCCUAAGGAUGGAUACAAGGCUAGAACUGCUACAGGAGCCCCCAAGGGAGAUCAGGAACAUUUUCCAUGAAGAUAUGAUUGGGGUGGCAACCCCUAGAUUAGUACGCAGUUAACAGGACCUACAUCCCUUCUUUGUACAAAAAAAAAAAAAAGAAGAAAAGGGAGCUGCACAUAAGGUGCGAUAUCAUUUCAUGCUAUAAUUGUCAUGAGUAAACAGCCUGUAUCUUGUGCAAGCAUUCUUCCUAUGGAGGAAUUUUGAGCCCGUGGUGUAUUAUGUGAUUUGGAGUUUUUGUUGA